ACCCACCGGUGACCGUGUACAGGUGUGCCGCUAUCAGUGUUAGUGUCCCGUGCUCAGGCAUGGGGAGGUGAUGCCGCUGAAACUAAGAAGCAAGGCUGGCCGGGCGGGCCCACGUACAGCAUGUGCAGGGGACAUUUACUCGCAGCCUGUAUUGGACUACUCUUGAGUUGGCACUACCAUGGUCUCUCUGUCGCCACAGAACCUGGGUUCCUGGACUUCGACAAUCUGCCGGAGACUAACUUCUCUUGUGAGGGCAAGGUCAUCGGCGGCUACUACGCGGACACAGAGACGGGCUGUCAGAUGUUUCAUGUCUGCACCAUCGGUCAGAAAGGGCCUGUUGCAGGAGAGAUCACGGACAUCAAGUUUCUAUGUCUCAAUGGGACAGUGUUCGACCAGGAGACCAGGGUGUGCGAGAGGUUAGACGAGGUAGACUGUAGCAAGAGCGAAAGCUUCUACGACCUUAAUCUCGAGCUGUACGGCAACCAGGGUGCUGAGUUCGGGAUACAACCAGAGAAUGAAGAGAGCCAAGACGCGGAACUCUGUGAGGAAGAGGACGAGGAAGAUUGCAAGACGGAGAAGCCCCUUACUCCAGUAAAAACUUUCCCGACGGAGCAAGCGCACGUUCAGGAUGAAGAGGUACAAGAUGAAGAAGAGACCACCACUCAACAACCUCUCACAUCCUCUACCACUUCUAGAAGACCUGUUGUCACCUCAACCAGUUUCCCGAGUACCACUGCAGCACCACAAGUUCUCCAGUUCCCUUCAAGUUCUCCAGAGACAAUAGCUGCUCUGUUGGCUCUUCACAAUGCGUUCACCCAGAGUCUUCAACAACACAACACAAAUAAAGAUGCCAAGAUAAACCCUCCGAAAUUGACUGGCUUUGUAGAAUCACUAAAUCCUUCAAAGUCUGUACAGCAGGCACAGACUUUUGAGAUCAAAAGCCCUCCAUCUCCUCCACCCCCUAGAUUACCCACUCCGUUUGUUCCCAAGCCACAGUCCCAUUUCAAUGUUCCUCACAACCCCUCAAAAUCACAGUAUCAGAGUCCGUCAAAACACCAAUUCCCGAAUCAAACUCCUACAUCUCAAUACCAUAGUCCAUCUAAAACUCAAUUCCCAAAUCAACCGAAGCCACAAUUUCAAAAUAUACCAAAACCUUCCCCACCUGUACGACCAUUGUCAUUCCCAAAACCUGUUCAAACUACUUCAGAAAGCUUUGGAAAUAGUCCUUUUCACCAUUCUUUCCACAUUAGUAGCCAAUCUAGCCAUUUCCCUGAUUCCAGUUACCAAGACCAAUACUCCGACCACGAUUCCCAACCCUCUAUUCAACCUCAGACUGAAGCUCCAAAACAGUAUGAUUUUAAUGAUUAUGAGGAUGAUUAUUAUGAUGAAAAACCACAUUCCUCGACAAUUACUCCUUACCUGCUUCACCAAAUUAAAGUUAACCAAGUUCAGAAUGCUAAUCAAGCAAAAGUGUCCUCUGUCAGCCAUGGAAGCUUUGUGAGAGAGGUUUCCAAUCCUACUUCUUCCAAACCUUUCAAAGUCCCAUCCUUUAGAAGUGUAACAACUCCAGGAAUAGCAGUCAUUACUGCUACAAGUACUACUUCCUCUUCCAGUGUCAAAACUAGCAAACCCGUCCAAAGUGCCAUACAAACCCAGAAGGAGACUCUGACCUCAGCAGGGUUCAUUGAUUCUAUUCUGCACCCUUCUAAUAUCUCUCAUCAUAUACCUGAUCAUCCACAGUCUUAUGAUGAGUACAUAGAGAGUGACGUGCGUCAUGACCCAUUUUAUAAAGAUGUGCCAAAAAUUGGUAGGAGUAAAAGAAGUCUUGGAAACGAAGUGUUCAAUAGACAUUCUGUGACUUCCUUGAACCACAAGACUUUAAUAAAACUCAGAGACAUAGUGUUAAAAAGUGUUUUUAAAAACAACAGUGAAACCAUAAUAAAGACAAUACUGCAACAAUAUUGCAGUAAUCAAGUUAACCCUAGUGAUAGUAUAGUAAGUUUCUGUUCAUUUAUAAACCUUAGUGAUUAUUAUAAAAAUACGUUAUUUGGUAAUGACUGGAAAAUUGUGAUUCCUAAAGAAAAUAAUGAUUAUAUUUACUUAGUAAAAACAAUAUCGAAUUCUAACGAAAUUCAAAAUACAACAAGCAAUAUUCUUUUACUUGUCCAUCUUCCUGACGAAUUUAGACUCCUCCGAGAUAGUAUUCUGAAGAUUUUAGAUAUUGAACAAUCAGAACUUCUACUGACGAAUGAUACAGAUUCAAAUAGCCUGUUAGAUAGUUCAGUACACCAUAGAUUUAAGAGAAUACGAAGAAACAAGUCUGAGGAUCGCUUAGAUAGAAAACUUAAAAAAUAUCACAAAAAAAUAAUAGUGCCAACAAAAUUUACAUCAUUCAGAACUAAAAGGCAAGCGGUUCUAACUGAUGGAAGACUAAAUUUGAGGGAAAAUACUCAAAGGGAAACUCCUCAAGUUAUUCAACACAAAGAAGAACCCAACCGACAUGGCAGUAAUCAAAGAAGAGUUGUGGUUAAUCGUCGAAGGCUAGCUAAAGUCACCUUACCUCUUGAUGAUGUUGAAGCUAGACCUUUGCCUCAAGAAAGGCGGCGGCCCCAAAGCAUCGCUGAAGUAGAUCAAAGAAGGGAAUCAGUUCAGGAAAAACGCCAGCCACUAGUUCUUGAUGAUGGUCAUCAAAGUGCUCUGCCUCAAGAAAGACGUCCAUCGUCUACUCUAAGUGGAGUUGAUAAGACAAGAGCUCUGCCUCAGGAAAGACGUCGGCCACUACAAACCCCAGUCCGUGAUUCGCCGGUACGCUCUAUGAACUUAAAAUCCUCAUGGGAUGGAGUGGGAUCAGACUCAACCGUUGAGCCUGCUCAAAGAGCGAAAGAGAGGCCAACAGCAAGACAGAGAGGGCAAGGAGUGAAAUACCAUUUUAGUGAAAACAGACAGCAAGAAAGAAUUCCUCAGUCAAGACUAGGUGGUAGUGAAGUUUCGGAAGGUGGUGAAGUGGAAACAGCUACUACCUACCCAUUCAACCUGAAGCCUGGGACACAGUUUUCCUGUGAUGACAAAAUCAAGGGAGGCUACUAUGCCGAUGUAGAGGCUGAGUGUUAUGGAUACUUUAUAUGUUCUCAAGGAGAGAUCAAUGGCCCGUUGCUGAAGAGUCAUUUCUGGUGUGGACCCACGACCAAGUUCAACCAGCGCAGUCGGACUUGUCAAACGGAGGCCAACGUCGCGUGUUCCGUCUCUCACCGCUACUUUCAUCUCAAUAAAGACAUCCUCUCUCUUCCAGAUCCUGAUGAUGACAUAAAAGAUGCCUUUGAGCCAUCAAAGGUCCGGACAUGAUCUUCCUCAGGGUUCACCGAUGUACCUUUAUUGCAUAAUUUUGUAGACCGAUUAACUGAAAUUAUUUUCAACUUAAUAGCAGUCUUGUAGCUUUAAUGUAAAUUUUCUUAUUAAGUGAUUCAGCUUCAAAAUAUAAUGUUUUCCUUCAAUUAUUUAUUUUGAGUACAU